CGUCUGAACCUGCAGAAUAACGAGUAAAACUAUUUUGUAAUAACUUUCCCCUUUUGUACUAAAAACCGCGUAUUUUAAUUUUAAAUAGAUCGGCUGUACCAGCACACCGUGUUCUCACUUCAGACGCACUUGUCGGUCCUGACUGUUGUGUUGCUGUUUCAGGUCGCUCCUGCUCCCAAGUAAACGUCGAAAUACAACGUGCUACAGCUUUUAAAAGCUUGUUAAACAAUAUAUUUCUAGUUUUUAUCCUAAGAUCGAGAAGAUUCGAAAAUCACAGCAAUUUUUUCAUUAUUUACCUUGUGAACUUCAGAUUCAAAUGUUGCACUUGUUCUUACUUCUCGUUCUGAAUCCUGUGUUCUUCGAACAUGUUCAUGGAGAACGUCAAUGGGAUCAUUUUGUGUUUAGUCUUGAGUGGCCACCUACUUAUUGUUUCAUUCAAACGUGUAAACUUCCUUACAGUAUCAACGAUUUCAAUAUUCAUGGACUAUGGCCAAGUAUAUGGCCACAUAUAGAACCGAAAAACUGUUCAAACAGAACACCUUUUAGAAUUGAAUUAAUCAAGCCUAUUUAUAAUGAUUUACAGAAACAAUGGGCAAAUCUGAUUGAUUUUGACAAUCCCGAAGAUUUUUGGAAACAUGAAUGGAGUAAACAUGGUGUUUGUGCAAUAAGUGAUCAUCCAUUUAUAUCAAAUGAAUUGGAUUAUUUCAAUAUAUCACUUGCAAUAAAAUCGAAAGUGAAUUUAUUAAGUCGUCUUGAGUCAGUCAGCAUUACACCAAAUAAUUUGGUUACCUUAAAGCGUGAUAUGUUGCUUGAUCAAUUGAAAAAUUUAUUCAGUGUGAAUGUGUUAAUAUAUUGUUCUUUGCGAAAGCAUGAACCAGGCAGAUUGUCUGAAAUUCGAAUUUGUUUAAAUCCAUCAUUAGAAUUCAUUGAUUGUCCUAUAUCAUCAGCAAACAAAAUUAAUGAUCAACAAUUUUCAAAUCAUUUUUAUAAAACUAUUUAUAGUCAUUCUGUAUGCAAAUCCUUGUUACCAUGGUUAUAUCAAUCUCCAAUUUGUUUAAAUCAACCAUCUACUAAAUUAUCAAACAAUGUACCAUGUCCAGAAGAGUUAAUAUUUCCAAAAUUUAAUUAAAGAAAAAGUAAAUAUUCAUUUUCUUAAAAUGUUCUAUUCAUCUAAUUGUAUUCAAUCCAUGGUAUAUAUAUAUAUAUAUAUAUAUGUAGAUAAUUUGUUCCCCCUUACCCUAGUUACUACACCUUUUGUUGCCAUGGCAUUUAUCAUUAUCAUUCAGUUUUUAUUUAUGUAUUCUGUUAUGUAAUGAGAAAAAUUGUUGGUUUGUUUGUUGUUGUUUUUUGUGUGUGUAUUAUUUAAACCCCCCAAAAAAAUAAUGACAAUUUUAAUAGUUGAAAUUAUCAGUCACUUGAAGUUAGAUAGAUACCACCAUGGAAGAAUCCAAAUGUUCCAUGGUGAUAUCUAGCUACAUGAUCUCCCUUUUAUAAUAAUAAACAAAUUGUUUUGUAUUAGAUCAAUUCAUUAUUUUAUGUUGUUUUUAUUUAAACUACCUUUUUGUAAACAAAACUUUAUCCGUUUUUAUCAUAAUUUAUAUAAUGUGUCAAAUGAAUGGAAUAGACUUUGUUUGUUUUAUAUUUGAAAAAUACAUUUUAACUUUUGUAUAUCUGGUUAAUAUUACAGCUUAUAUACAAAAAUAAGUAACGCUUGUGUAAAG